UUUAGAUCUCUGUGCUCUAACGGUCAACAACGACAGCAGGGGACAGCCGGAAGCGGAAGAGACACCGGAAGUUGCUUUUUGAGAGGACUCUGUGAACCCCGGAGGAUUCAGAAGUACCUUCUCAAUAUUGACAGGGCGAUAGCGAGCCUUGGCUGUCACAUUAGGCAGACAGACGUUUUACACUUGGAGCCACCCGGCUUAAGCCCAGGCUCAUACAAGGUCAUCACAUGACUUAAACCCAGGUAUAUAGCCCAGUGAGAUUAUGAUAAGUUUGCUCUGCUAUUAGAUAGACACAUUAAAGCAUAACACAGGCGUAAAUUAAUUAAAUGCAAUCCUUGCAUCAUGUGUUUUUUGCCUAAUUAUUUUUAUUUAAAUAAUGAUAAUGCACUCCUAAUAGUCUAAGGUUAUAUGCUUGCUUCUGUGUUAAGGAAAUGUCUGUGCAUAUGUUAUCAGAUAUGUUUGCAUGACAUUUGCAACAUAUGUGAGGGGAGCCUUAAAUUUUUAUUUUUCUUGUUGUGGACCUAUCUUUUUUUUUUUUUGUCUACUAAGGAUCCCUCAGGAUGUCUGAAAACCAGGGGAACGUCCCUCUAAAUAACACAAAUGGAAACCGAGUACGGACCCCCAACUUAAACCAGAACCCUCUAAUCAAUGUACGUGAUCGUCUCUUCCAUGCAUUGUUCUUCAAGAUGGCGGUCACUUAUGCAAGACUCUUCCCACCGUCCUUCCGUAGAAUUUUUGAGUUCUUUGUGCUGCUCAAGGUAACAGUGAUAUUGUUGGAUAUUGCGGAGAUUUCAAAUUCACUUAACUGUGUUUGUUUGGGGUCAUCCAACCUGCUUCUAGUUACUUCUGCCAGUUAUAGAUUUUUGAUCCUCUUUAUGUUUCUCAUUUGCUUUUUAAAUUCCUUAUAAUUAUGGUUUGUAUCUGGGAUCAGAAUUUCAGGUCAUUUACCAGUGACCCUGCCUAAAAGUUAGUCAACCUACCCAUGCCUUCUCUGUCUAUGUUACAUGCUCAUUGCAGAGUGGUUUGUGCAGCUUGCUUUGGACUCCAUAUUUAUAGUGUUUAUCAGUAAUGCUAAUUGCAUGGCAGCAAAUGUUAGGAAUCGGGAAAACCUAAAUGGACGGAACUUUAGCUAUACAUGUGCAUGUAUUUUGGCUUGUACAAUGCACAGUUAUUAUAAUUAUGUAUUACAUAAUUUAAUUGUGUAUAGAGGACCAUUAUAUGAUUUUGUUUUUAUUAUUUCACUUGUCUUAAAAUGUUCCUGCACCUAUGUAUACACGAGGAUAGAAAAACUUGAUGAUCUCUCACCUAUAUCUGCAGCCUAUCUGGGAGCUCUGUGAACCCCGGAGGAGGUCUGGUCAUGGACCGCCAGACUUCAAAAAUCGCCGGAGGAGGCCUGGUGAUGGACCGCCAGACUUCAAAAAUCUUGGCAGAGCUUAAAACUGCUGGUGGCAAAAUUUUAUAAUAAAACUAAAGUCCUGAAAAUUCAAUAUUUUGGUCCCCUUGCUCGAUAUUACUUAUUUAUUUUGUAGCAGCUGCAUGCACUCCAGAAAGAGAGAGAAAGUGGGGAAACAAGCUUCUCACCAGGCACUUUCACAGUUGAAUAUGUAAUAGAAAGGGCGAGGGCUCUAGUUUUUUUUUUUUUAGCUGCUUGCCAGUUCUGAAUGGAUUGUGCAGCUUGAUUUCCUGGUUUAACCUCACACUUGAUGGCUUCAGAUCUUUUAUGGGUGGCCAUGGGUGCAAAAAGCUGCUGCUUUCUAACACCAGGGAAUGCUUUGAGGAGUUAAUGACAAAGCCCCAAGGUUUAAUAUUCUUUCUCCUUUGGCUAUUGGGAAAGUGGAUUUUUUUUUAGCUGUUGUUUUGAUAUUAAAGGGACACUAUAGACACCAAUACAACUUUAGCUUAAUUAAAUAUUUUUAGUGUAUUUGUCAUGCCCCUGCAAUCUCAUUGCUCAAUCCUUAGCCAUUUAGGAGUUAAAUCACUUUGUUUAUACAGCCCUAGUCACACCUCCAAUGGCUACAACUGACAGAGCCUGCAUGAAAAAAUUGUUUAUUUCCAAUCUGAUGUAAACUUAGAAGACUUUUAUUCCCUGCUUUGUAAAUUGAAUUUUAAUCACAUGCAGGAUAGGAAAUUCUAAAUUAAAAUGAAUGUGUAAUAAAGGAAAUUUAAACAUUAGACCUCUUUACAGGAAGUUUAAUUUAUUUUUAUUUUUCGCAAAGCUAUGCAUGUUAUUUGCAGGGAGGCAUGACAAGGGUUGCAUAAACAAAAUGAUUUAACUCCUAAAUGGCAGGGAAUUGAACAGUCAGACUGCAGCAGAAUGAUCUAUACAGCAAAACUACAAAAACUAAAGUUGUUUUAGUGCCUGUAGUGUCCCUUUUAAGAUCUGUACUUUUCACCCAGUAUGUUAAUCAUUUUUAAUUAGAAUUUAGUGUUUCUCUUCUUUACCUGUUGUACCUUGCGAAAUAUGUUGGAGAUAUAUAAUAUAUAGUCUGUGUAUAUCUAGAAGUGUGGGUUGAUUCCUUCCAGUUGGGUCUGUGCAAGUCAAGGACAGAAGCUGCCGUGGGCUGCUAUACUUCAGUGCAGAUUCAUGUGCAUGGGUCCUGCAAUGUGUAUAUUGAGGAUUGUCCCUCACCACUUGCAAUCUCUGCUCAGUUUGAAAUAAAUAUCUAUCUAUCUAUCUAUCUAUAUAUAUAUCAAAAAGUUAGAUGCUUGGCACUCUCCUUAACAAAUAGAAUAAAGGUAACUAGCCUGGGUGCAAAAUCCUAUGCGUCAAAAAUAUGUAAAGAAAAGAAUUAGGACGCACUCACAGGACUUAAUAAAAGUGAAAAAAUGUCUAUUUUAAUAAUCCAUGUGAAAAGUACAAGUGAAGUAAUCAACGUUUCGACCCUGUCGGGUCUUUUUCAAGAUCAACAUAAAUAUAUAUAUAUUAUAUAAAAACUUUGGAUCUCCUGCGUACUUGAUAAUGCAUAGCCAUAAUGAUCUGCGUGGGAAUGUGUUCUCUUUGCAUGCCCUUGUUGCUACUUUAGACUCCAAUCAUUCAGAUAAAUUGUUACCUCAUUCUAUCCUCCUGGCUCUGUGUGCAUGUGUAUGGUUUUUAUAAAUCUGUGUGUGCUGAUGAGGUAUGUGAGAGUGUGGCUAAUUUUGCAUUUGUCGCCACCUAAAUUUUUGCUUGGCUUGUAAACUCUAGGGACAUUUGGCAAACCUGACUCUAAACUGCUGGUGCAUCAUUUCUUUUGUCUUAGAGACAAAUGUGUGCAUUUAUAGGAGUCUCUUGAAUUGCACAUUACCUCCUUCUAGCACUUACUUAUGCAUUUGUUGGUAUGACAUUUUAUUUUAUAGAAACAUAAUGGCUAGCCGUGAUGCCUCUUUUCAAUUCGGACAAGGGGUACUGUUUUAGAAAGCCAUUGACUGUCAAUUUAUUAUAAGUGAUUCUGUAACUUAACUAUUUCAAAGGGGCACUGUAGCAACUUCAUCUCAUUGCAGUGGUUGCAAUGGCUAACACUGAGUGUAAUCUCUGCCUCCAGUCGUACUUCCAGUGAGAACCAUAAUGUGACAGCUUUGGACCCUCAUUCAAUGUUAAAUUUGUUUGGAAGAACACUGAAUGCAGCCAUUGGACUUCCGGGCACUAUAGCCGCUGAAAUGUUUAUCAUGACGUGUCCCUUUAAGAGAUCUUAGCUACCCUGUGGGUAAACAACCUUUUUUAGUAGUCCUGUGCAAAAACAAGAUCUUGAAGCCCCUUUGCGUCCCAGUCCUAUAUAUUUUUUUUUCUUUCAUUUAAGAUGUGUAUGCUGCCAUUUUCUGAUUGUGUUAUUUAUGGGUGCUGCAGUUGCUUUGUAGCAUUGUAUCUGUGCAUAUGUAGGCUGUUGUAUAUGUUCACAAGUAAUUUGUGGUAUUGUGUAUGGGGGCUGCUAGUGGAAUUGUCAGUGGUUUUGUUUUUGUGAAGACUGUGCAUCUGUUUGUAUUAUUUGUAUGACAGGGAGGCUUCUGCACUUCUGUGUAUAUGUAUUAGUGUGGGGGCUUCCCUCCUGUGAGAACCGUGCAGGUCAAGGACAGGAGCUGCCGUGGUCUGCUAUACUCCAGUGCAGAUUCCUGUUCACGGGUCCUGCAAUGUGUAUAUUGAGGAUUGUCCCUCACCACUUGCAAUCUCCGCUCAGUUUGAACUAGCAGAUAUUUGUAGUACCACAGGGACUCCUGAUAGGCCUCGAGUACCAUGCAUGGCACACGUGCCAUAGGUUGUUGACCCCUGAUUCAAGGUAAACCAAUCCCUUUGUACUCUAAAUAUUUCAUGGCUAACUUUCCUUUCUAACACCUGAACAUAUUCUUUGAUAUACUGUUGGGCAAUGUUUUAAUGCAAAGUCAUUCAUCUAUGAGUAUCACUGCUGCUAAUCUGUAUUGAUAAUUUGUUAGUGUGGCACUGAAUGUUCCUGUUGGAUAGGCCACAACCUGUGGGCAGUAGCCACUAACACGAUUUGUAUUGUAUUACAUAACCUGGUUAGAUCAAACUGUAUAUGCAGCAACGAGGACUAGUUUUAUUAAUGUACUGGGAGAUCUGCCAGUAAUAGUUUGCUUAUGAGCAAUUGACCUUUUCAAAUGGACUUUGUAUCCUAUAUCCCACAGUACACUAUCUACAAAGAAAUAACAUUUGUGUUUUGCUGUCCCUGCAAAGGCUGUAUUCUUUUCUUUUCAUGUGUGCUAUUAAAGGGUUGUACACAUGUCUGUUUUUCCUUUCCAUGCGAUUAUCCUCACAUCAGAGCCAGUCAACCUUUUUAUGUACUUGGAACACUGUAUAACUAGUUAUUAAAUGAGUUACAAUUUUGCCUCCUUUAUAUUGCUUUAGAAACUAACUGUUUAAGAUAUGGUAGUCACUUAAAGGACCACUCCAAGCACCAUAAUGACCAAAGUUAACUGUUAUGGUUGUGUUUCCAGAACUGCCUGGGCACCUUGCCCCAUGGAAAUAUUCUGACAGCUUGGUAACUAACUUCUUAAAUGAGUACGUAAGUCGCCCCUCUCAUCAUCCUCUCGGCUAGGAGCUUCUGUAAGAUUUUUUUAAAUGGGCAUAGCUCAGAGCUGAGAGCUUCUGGCUAGAGAGGAGUGAAACUGUCUCCAAAUGGAUUGACUACUUACACUGAGGGGGUUCCAGGGCACUCCCGUCACCAUAACCACUACAGCACACUGUAGGGAUGAUGGUGCUUUGUGUGUUCUGGUGAAUAGGUAAGCACAUAAUUAGCUUUUUGGUGUGUAGUAUAAAUCAGUCAAAAAAAUGUCAUCAAAUAUAUUUUUGUUUCUCAUACACAGGCCCUUUUGGUGCUGUUCAUCCUGGCUUACAUUCACAUUGCCUUCUCACGCUCUCCCAUCAACUGCCUUGAGCAUGUGCGAGAUAAGUGGCCCCGAGAUGGCAUCCUUCGGGUUGAAAUUCAAUUGAACUCAAGUCGUGCACCGAUUUUUCUGCAAUUUUAUGAUAGUGACACUUUUCCGGGGCUGGUCAAGGAGUCUCUUGGGGAGGAUGAAGAAGAGGAGGAAGAAGAGAUGACAAUGGAUAUGUACCAGAACAGUUCCAUAAAGGUAAUUCAAAGACUUAUUUUUAAAAAUAUGUUUUAUUGCUUCUGUCAAUUUUGCAUGUAACCAUGUAGUGCCUUCGUAAACCCUUCCUGUAAAGUGAGAUCUAAUGUUUAUACUUUCUUUAUUGCACAGUCGGUUUAUUUAGGAUUUUUUUAUUAUCUCCUGCACUGCUAAUAGUUUUCUAGACAUUGCAGGAUUCUCCCAUGUAUGAAUAAAGUUAAAUUUACAGAGCAGGAGUUACAAACUUCUAAAGAAAGUUGAAGGGACACUAUAGACAACAAAAUGUUUAUCUUAAUGAAACUGUUUUGCUGUAUAGAUCAUGCUCCAGAAGUCUCCCUGCUCAGUUCUCUGCCACUUAGAAGUUAAAUCACUUUGUGUAUGCAGCCCUAGUCACACCUUCCUGUGUGAUUUGCACAGCUUUCCUAAACAUGUCAUGUAAAGAGUCAUAUAAUGUUUAUACUUCCUUUUUUACAUAUUCCGAAUAUCUCAUCUCCUGCUCUAAUAGCUUGCUAGACCGUGCAGGAGCCUCCUGUGUGGUAUUUAAAGUUCAAUUUACAGAGCAGGAGAUACAGUUUUAAAAUAAAUUUACAUCUGAUUGAAAGUAAAACCAUUUUUUUCAUGGAGGCUGUGUGAGAUGCAGCCAGGUGAGGUGUGGCUUGGGCUGCAUAAACAGGAACAAAAGUGAUUUAACUCCUAAAUGACAGUGAAUUGAGCAGUGAAACUUCAGAGGCAUGAUCUAUACAUCAAAACUGAAUCCUUAAAGGGACACUGUAGGCACUUUAACAACUUAAAUUAGAUUAAGUUGUUAGAGUGCCUUAAAUAUUUGCCUCCUUCUUACUUUCUAAAUUGUUUCCUGUAUUCUGUAAGAAGGGUUUAAACAAUGCCUUUAAGCCACGCACCCAAGCCGGCCAUUUCUGAGAGCAGGGAAUGUAACUUCCCUGCUCUCGUACCCUGACGUCAGCACACUUAACUGAAAUAAGGUAUAAUUUUGCUGCCUAAUGCGCGCUCCCGCGAUGUCAGACCUCCCUCCCCUUGUGAUUUCCCGCUCUUUUAGUUCACAUUCAGCGAUCCUGAGCCACAUUCACAUCACUAAUCUAAACUUCACAUUAUAAAAAGCAGCUCUCUGACACUGUGGCCACCUAAACUGUUCUAUUCGCCCUCCCCUCCUUAACAUUAUUAACAAUCUUUAAGCUGUUUGUUUUAUUUAAAGUGGCACUGUCGUGCUGAACUUACCUUUCCCCAAUCAAUUCCUCUUCUGUCCCUCUCGUAUCAGAAUUUCAUUUGAAUGAAUGAAACUCCGAUCCUAUUCUUGCUGUGGCUUGCAGCCGCUUAGUGGAGAACUCCCUAAUUCUCACGGUGUCAGGGAGCUAUCUACCAAAAGGCUGAAAGACCUAAAUUGGUCUUUCAGCCACAUUUACUGAUACUAAGUAAAGAUUACUUAGUAUUAGUAAGUUCUGCCCCUACUUGCUAUACCGCGAGUAGGGGCAUGUCUAGUAAACAGUGAGAAAAUAUUGUCCCCACUCCUGUGCGGUGGGUGGGGGCCCUAAAUAACAAUGGGGGGGGACCUACUGUCCUCCCCCGGCCCGCACCCCUCAUCGGUGGGUGGGGGCCAUAAAUCACAAUGGGGGGUGGGGGAAGAACCUACUGUCCUGUCCCUAAGACAAAUCUCCCUCUGCCUCCCCCCAAGCCCCUAGUCACACACCCCCCUCCCCCCACUCACCCACAUAAAAACUUCCCCUACCUUUCCCCCCCCUACAAAUCGUGAGGGGGGAAUAAAAUAACCUGUAAAUAAAAGUAAAACUUUGAUGUCUUCUUUCUUCUAAAAAAGGCCAAAUAAAAAACUAUCAUACCCGUCGAACUUAAAAUAAAAAAAAUAAAAAUCUGAGCGCAAAAAGAAACCCGACGAAAAAGGAAAAAACCUGACGCAAAAAAAAAAAAUAUAUUUCUUCACCCAUGGAGGGCUCCGCGCAGACUGAGCUCUCAGCCUGCAAUUAGGCUAAGAACACUAUGAUUGGUUGGUUUAAGCCAAUCAGAGUGCUCUUUGUCAUUUUAGACGCUGUGUAAAAUGACAAAGAGCACUCUGGCUUAAACCAACCACUUUUUGGGGCUCCCCACCCGCCGCUCAUGGCUGGGGGCUGGGACAAUAGGUUCCCUCCCUUUGCUGUUAGGCCUCCGCCCAUGGGUGGGGGCCAGGAAAUGGGUCCCCCCCCAAUGUAAUUUUGGGCUCCCACCCACCUGCUCAUGGGUGGGGGCCAGGACAAUAGGUUCCCCCCCCCUUCAUGUUAGGCCUCCACCCUCCGUACAUGGGUGGGGGCCACGACAAUAGGUCCCCCUCCCACUGUUGCAUUUUAGGCACCCACCCUCCACUCAUGGGUGGGGGCAGGGGGAAAACCUGUUUGAACAGUUACUUCACAGCAGUGAGCCGAUCUAUGAUUCGGCUCACUGCUUCUGAACACGUAAAUGGAGCACAUGCACAAUAGAGCGUUCAGAGUUUCUCAUAGGUAAUCACUGAAUACAAUGAUUCCCUAUGGGUGUAAUUUGAUUGGCGCAUAGCGACAAGUGCCGCGUAUGGUCUGUAAUGCUUCUCUAUGAGAAGCUAGUGAUUGGACCCGAACGAUAGGUUACCGAUGACGCGAAAAGGGACGGGGCAUAAUGCCGUGAGGUCACCUAAACAACGGUAAGAAAAUAAGGUAAUUAUUUUAUUAAAAUAUAAAUAUUAAUAAUAAUUAAAUAAUUCUAAUGCUGUUUGGUGCUAUACAGUAUAUAAAUAUACUUAUACAGUAUAUUAUAUAUAUAUAUCUCAAAAAUCAGGAUGCACUCACAGGACUUAGUUAAAGUGAAAAAAAGACUUUUAAUUAUUCCAUGUGAAAUGUACAGAAAAAUCAAUCGACGUUUCGACCCUGAUGGGUCUUUUUCAGGAUCAGGAACGUCGAUUUCUGCAUAUUUUUGGCGCAUAGGAUAUAGCACCCAGGCCAUAAGUCUUCAUUUACCAUUUAAAGGAGAGUGCCAAGCAUCUAUUUUGUUGAGAUAUAUAUAUAUAUAUAUAUAUCAGAAAUAUAACACACUGAAAGAUAGUACAGUGUUCCUUUAAGCUAAAGUUGCUUUGGUCUAUAGUGUCCCUUUUAAUUCCAUGGCUUAGGUGUGCUUGCACUAAAUUGGAUAGCAAGACAUGUUCACGGUAAGUUUCCCUCCACUAGCAAGCAUGUGAAAAAAUAUUGGCUGAGACUGUCAAGGAGGCAGAUCCAGCACAAGUCAAACACAGCCAAUCAGCAUCUCGUCAUAGAGAUGACUUGAACCAAUGCAUCUCUGUGAGGUAAGUUCAGUGUCUGCAUGCAGACACUGAAUGGCAGUGAUGCUUACUCUGCUGCACUUCCCAAGGAAGCUGCCCUAGCAGCCAUCUGAUGAGUAACCAGUGGAGUUAUCACUAGGCUGUAAUGUAAACACUGCAUUUUCUCUGAAAAAGAGUGUUUACAGCAAAAAGACUGAAUGGAAUGAUUCUACUCACCAGAACAAAUGCAAAAAGCUGUAGUUGUUCUGGUGACUAUAGUGUCCCUUUAAAGUUAUGUAAAUUUACACAAUUGCUAUUUUUCCACUUAUUUGUUCAACCUUCAUAAAAAUAUUUGGGAAAUGAAAGUCUUUAGGCUGUAUACAGUUUCCUUAUCUUGCACACAGGGUCUAAAAUAUUGUUAAAGCCAAAAUAAGAUUUUUCCUAAUAUACUUUAGGUGUAACAAAAACAGACAAAUGGUAAAAUACUUUGUUUCUUAAAGAACCACUAUAGUGUCAGGAAAACAAACUAUUUUUCCUGGCACUAUAUAGUCCUUAGGUUCCCCUUCAGCCACUUACCUUUAUCCAGCGCCGCGCUCACUCUGUUCUGAUGACCUCUCGCACAUUCAAACCGCCCAUAGGAAAGCAUUACUCAAUGCUUUCCUAUGGACGUUCUGCGUGCUCAAUGCGAUUUUCGUAUUGAGCGUUGCGGAAGCAGCUGUCAGGAAGACUGCCACUAGAGGCUGGAUUAACCCUGCAAUGAAAACAUAGCAGUUUCUCUGUUUACAGCUGCAGUGUUAAAACCUGUGGGACCUGACACCCAGGCCACUUCAUUGAGCUGUAGUGGUCUGGGUGACUGUAGGGAUCUUCCUGCCAUUACUAGCAGUACAGUUUACUAAAAGUGGAAACAAAAGUAUUUAAGCAUAAUGUCUACAUACAGUAAAUACAAUUAUAUCAUAUAUAUGUAAAACACACACAGUACACCCCUCACAUUUUUGUAAAUGUUUUAUUAUAUAUUUUCAUGUGACAACACUGAAGAAAUGACAGUCUGCUACAAUGUAAAGUAGUAUGUGUACAGCCUGUAUACAGUGUAAAUUUGCUGUCCCCUCAAAAUAAUUCAACACACAGCCAUUAAUGUCUAAACCGUUGGCAACAAAAGUGAGUACACCCCUAAGUGGAAAUGUCCAAAUUGGGCCCAGUGUGUCAAUAUUUUGUGUGGCCACCAUUCUUUUCCAGCACUGCCUUAGCUCUCAUGGGCCUGGAGUUCACCAGAACUUCACAGGUUGCCACUGGAGUGCUCUUCCACUCCUCCAUGAUGACAUCACGGAGCUGGUGGAUGUUAGAGACCUUGCACUCCCCCACCUUCCGUUUGAGGAUGCCCCACAGAUGCUCAAUAGGGAUUAGGACUGGAGACAUGCUUGGCCAGUUAACCACCGUUACCUUCAGCUUUUCUAGCAAGGCAGUGGGUUGUCCUGGAGGUGUGUUUGGUGUCGUGUUGAAAUACUGCCCUGUGUCCCAGUCUCCGAAGGGAGUGGAUCAUGCUUUGCUUAAUUAUGUCACAGUACAUGUUGGCAUUCGUGGUUCCCUCAAUGAACAGUAGCACCCCAGUGCCGGCAGCACUCAUGCAGGCCCAGACCAUGACACUCCCACCACCAUGCUUGACUGUGUAGGCAAGACACUCUUGUUUUUGUACUCCUCACCUGGUUGCUGCCACACACGUUUGACACCAUCUGAACCAAAUAAGUUUAUCUUGGAUUAUUGGAACCACGUCCUGUGCUCCGAUGAAACCAUGUCCUUAGUCUUUUUGUCUUUAGCAAACUGUUUGCGGGCUUUCUUGUGCAUAAUCUUUAGAAGAGUCUUCCUUCUGGGACGAUAGCCAUGCAGACCAAUUUGAUGCAGUGUGCGGCGUAUGGUCUUAGCACUAUGAAGAGCAACAAUUCUUUUUUUCAGCUCCUCAGAGUUCUUUGCCAUGAGGUACCAUGUUGAACUUCCAGUGACCAGUAUUAGAGAGUGUGAGAGUGAUAACACAAAAUUUAACACACUUGCUCCCCAUUCACACCUGAGACCUUGUAACACGAACAAGUCACAUGACACUGGGGAGAGAAAAGGGCUAUUUGGGUGUACUCCCUUUUGUUGCCAAUGGUUAAGACAUUAAUGGCUGUGUGUUGAGUUAUUUUGAAGGGACAGCAAAUUGACACUGUUAUACAGGCUGUACACUUACUACUUUACAUUGCAGACGAGUGUCAUUUCUUCAGUGUUGUCACAUGAAAAGAUAUAAUAAAAUAUUUAGAAAAAUGUGAGGGGUGUACUUACUUUUGUGAGAUACUGUGUGUGUGUAUAUAUAUAUAUAUAUACACACACACAGCCAAUACAUCAUAUUUAUUUUACAGCCAAUACAUAAUUAAAGGAUCACUAUAGUGUCAGGAAAACUAAGCGGUUUUCCAGACACUAUAGUGCCCUGAGGGUGCCCCCAUCUUCAGGGUCCCCCUCCCGCUGGACUGAAGGUGUUAAAACCUCUUCAGCAGUUUACUUUUUUCAGCGCCGGGCUCCCUUGGUGCUUAUGACCUCCCUUCCCCUGCCGACGUCAGCUUCCUCUGCUGACGUCAGUGGAGCCGAAUGCGCAUGCGCCGCGCGCAUUCAAGCUGUCAAUAGGAAAGCAUGGACACUCUGCAUGAUAGAGGCAUAAUAUGCUUCCAGUGUCGCAGAUGCGUCUCUAGUGGCUGUCCGGAAGACCGCCACUAGAGGCUGGCUUAACCCUGAAAUGUAAACAUUUCAGUUUCUCUGAAACUGCUAUGUUUGCAUCUGCAGGGUUAAAACCUGAGGGACCUGGCACCCAGACCACUUCAUUGAGCUAAAGUGGUCUGGGUGACUAUAGUGUCCCUUUAACUAGCGUCUUCUUGCAUAGAAAUGUGUUCUUCUACAGGCUAAUAAUUACUAUAGAGUACAAAUUGGCUAUACGGACUAAAUUUCAUUCACAUUAAAGUAAAAAUGUUUAUAUCUAGACUCAUUAGAGUUUAUUUACCAAACACUAAUUGUACUAAAUAGAAAACCAGAUUCCACAAGUUGAAAAAAAUAUAAGCAGCUUUCCAAAUGAUUCAAUACGGUUAGAAACAUUUCUAAGUGAUUUAUCUACACAAGUUAACUAUAAAGUCUAUGGGACUCUUUGUAGAUAAAUCAUUUGGAAAUGUUUCUAUCUGUAUUGAAUCCUUUUGGAAAGCAUAUUAAAUCGAGGCCUAAGUCUCUUGGGUAUACUUAAACACUCAUGUAUUUUAACAUUUUUCCUCUUUAUUAUUAUUAUUAUUUUGUAACUAUUCUGUUGACAUUGGGUUUCUCUGCAUUUCUUUUGCAGUUUGAAUUGGAUAUAGAACCCAAAGUGUUCUUGAAGCCAUCUCUAGAGAGUGUAACAAGGGCUUCAGACAACCAAAGUCAGGCUCUGUCUUUCAGUGAUGCUGCCAGCAAAGGUGAGUGUCCACUACCCAUCAGAAUUGCCCCCCUCCCAUCAUUUGACAAAAUGACAGUGUUGUUUAGAUUCAUGUCAUCUUAGAACAGUCAAACAGCCGUACACUUGAAACAAAACCCUUCGCAUUUUACUUGCUAUUCAUGUGCAUUCUACAUCAGUAUGCUUGGCUGAGUCCAUUUAUAUAAUGACCUCUAGGUAAUUUAGAAGGAGGGGGGGUGUAAAUUUUAAUAUUUUUAUGUAUACAUAUAAUUUAUUUUGGUAUGUGUUUGCUUCUUGUGACUGGUAGUCCUGUGUGCCAUUUUGGAGAUAGAUAGAAAGCACUGCAGAAUAAGCUGGCGCUAUAUAAAUACAAAUAAUAAUAAAGAUAUAUGUUUGUUUUUUCACAAAUAUUAAAUCAAGGUCGUCAUUUUAUAUGUGGUUUACUUAUUUAGUUAAUGCACCAGUCAAAUGGCUUAAUGAAAUACUUGCCAAAUUUGUCCAGAUGCUUAUGAUGGAGAAAUGCACCAUGAUAUUACAUAAAUAUUUCGAAGAGGAACUGCCACUUCCCCACAACUAAAUCGAUAUAUCAAAGUUGGCUAUGGAAUAUGCUUAGUGGUGUUUGUUCAGUUUAUUUUAAUAAAAAAAUGUUUUUCUUUAAACCUGCGUACUUUGCCGGCCAGAUGUAUUUGUGUCUACAGCAUUAGGAGAGAAUUCUGAGCAUGCAUGCAUACAGAAUAUCUGUUAGAAGUCUAAGUGCGCAUCUGUGUACCUGGGCAUCUGGGGUGGUGAAGCGCCUAGAAAUUCAGAAUUACAUUUUAUUUUUUAAACCUUUGUAUCUUUUAUUCACCACUGUAAAUGCUGUGACAGAUUUACUAGGGUGAAUUAAGGAGGAACUGUCAGUUGUCUGUUUUACCAUUCAUAAUUGUGUUCAUUCAGUGGAUCUGUGCACUCAGUGUUCAUUAGCAAUUAAAGUAAAUGCUAAUGAUGUUGGUUCUCUCAUACUUGGUUAGUUGACUUUACCUUGUCAUUAUGGGUUAACUCCUGCCGCAAAGAGACGUAAAAGGUAGCACCGAAGUUUCUCAAUUGGCUUACAGAAUGUCAGAUGUGUGCAAGCAAACGGCAGAAUGUUGAUUGAAGGAAUGGGAUACUACCCAAAGUAAUGAGUGUACAUGAUUGUUCGUAUUUGUUCCUACCCCCAAAAAAGCAUUUUUUGGUUAUAGUUAUAUAUUUCUAGUAAGCAUGAGUUAUCCUAUCCAGUACACAUGUUCUGAUGUAACUGGAAGCCAUUGCACUUUCACCAUACACUAUAAUCUUCUCAUGUCUGACAUCGUAAAGGUUACAUUGUAAGUAGUUCCCUUUGUUAAACGAAGUCCUAAAGCACCAUAACCAUGAGUGGCCCUUCUGCACUCCCAGAAUAAGUAGUCAAAUGGUUUGACAACUUAUCCUGGUCUCACCAGCACGUCAUGCCUCUACCUUCCCUGCUGCAUUUGACUUGUUACAUUUAGGGAGGCACCAGAGCAUUCCUGGCACUUUAACACCACAGAGCGUUAUUUGUCAUGCCUUAUAACCCUUUUCUUUGUAAAAUUUUUACUUUUAGUGUUUAUUUGAACUGUUAUUCCAGUGUCUGGAAUUUCAGUUUAUCCUGCUAAAGUCUGCUUUAUUUUCAAUUACAUUAAAGCAUAUUUUAACUUACAUUUUUGGCCCUCUCCCCCACCCUAUCUGUUUUCACACCUUAUCACUUGUUCGCUAUCCGAGGUCCAAUAAAAUGCUUCUUAUAGCGAAGCAUUUGAUUGGACUGAUCUCACAGGCUUGUGCGUACUCUGAGCUGGGAAGCUAGAGAGGGAGGCUGGGCUACAGAAGGGCCAUGAUUUAAGGGAGGCAGUAAAAAAAGAAAAAGCGAAUGAUUGAUCGACAAUGUAGAGAGGCAUUUGCCAGGGAUCCCAAAAAAAGGCAAUGGAUAUAGCAUAAAGGGAGGUUGGGGGGACUCGCAUGAUGGAGAGGACAAAAGCAGAAGUGGUCAUGGAGGUUGGAGUAAUUUAAAUACACUGAUUGUCUAACACUAGAUGUGUAGUUAUAGGCCUAAUUAUUAGUCUAAUUAUACAUUAAAAAUUCUUUCCAAGCACCAUUACAACCACAGCUUAUUAAGGUACAAGUAGUCUUUGGGUGCAGUUCCUCCAGUUUUUCUGAAACUGUUUUUAAUAGACUUGUGCACAAAUCCCGUUCAUGCGAUUAACAAGCAUUUGAUUUUUUCAGCACAGCUGAAUGGGAUUUGAGCAAUAGUAUAGUUUUUAAGUGGAGCCCAAAAUGUACUGAAUCUGCUGCCACUGACAUAAUAAGUAAUUUCUAUUUCUCGCUAUCUUUUAACAUUUGUGCAGCACUAAAAGCCAGCAAGCACUGGGCUUGAUUUUUAAAUUAUUUCUGGUGCUAAGUGGAAAUGGUCAACAAUGAGUGUUGGGUCAGAAGGGAGCCUAGGGCAUGUGUUGCUCAGUGUUCUUUUUAUUUAAUUUACGAGAUACAUGUCUGUACAUAUAUACCUUGCAAAUCUUUGUAUGUUCAUAUAAUCCUGUUAGGUUUUUGUUUACUGCUGCUUCCUUACAGUACUCUGUCGUUUUUUUUUAUAUCACGGUGACAUAUUACAUGCAUUUUUAUUUGCAGUGUGGCCACAAGAAGAGUAUAUUGUAGAAUAUUCUCUGGAAUAUGGCUUUCUCCGGCUGUCCCAGAGCACGCGGCAAAAACUCAACAUUCCUGUCAUGGUUGUUACACUUGGUGAGUCCCCAAUUCACAUCUGACACAAUAAAUUACAAUAAAUCAUUAACGGUUCCAAUUAUGGGCAAUUGGAAAACACUGGGAUAUUUUGCCUGGCAUGCUCAUUACAGUCCUCGAAAUAGCAGCAAGCAGUGUGUGCAAGGAUUUUUGGGUACACAGGUGAAGAUGGCUUUUUUAUUUUAUUUUAUUUUUUUCCUCUUUCCUCCCCUCACCUCCCUUUCCCUUAGUGUUUCUCUCCCCUCCCCUCCAUGUCCCUUAGUGUUUCUCUCCCCUCCCUUCCCUGUCCCUCAGUAUUCCUUCCCCCCCUUUACCUUGCUCUUAGUGCUCCCUAUCUUAGUGUUCUUCUCCCCUCCCCUUUAGUGUUCUUUUAUUCCAUUCCCUCUCAUGUCCCUUGGUGUUCCUCUCCCCUCCCUCCCUUGUCCCCUUAAUGUUCCUCUCACCUUUCUUUUAGUGCCCCCCCCACCCUGUGUUCCUUUUCCCUUCCAUCCCCUCUACCUUUUUAAUGUCCCCACCGUCCCAUAGUGUUCUCCCCCCCACUCUCCCCUGUCCCAUAGUGUUCUUCCCCUCACCCUCCCUUGUCCCAUAGUGUUACCCUCCCUUGUCCCAUAGUGUUACCCUCCCUUGUCCCAUAGUGUUACCGUCCCCCACCCCCACUUUGGCCCCGGUGUGUCUCCUACCUCUUUGUAGCAUGGCCGAGCGGAGCAGACCGCAGUACAGGAGCUUCAGUUUCCUGUACCUGGCCGGACUGACAGGAAGUGCUCUCUCAUUGAGCACUUCCUUUCAGUCCGGUCAGGUACAGGAAACAGAUCCUCCUGUACCGCGGUCCGCCUUGCUUGGCCACGCAACGUUGAGUGUCUUGCCGGAGGGAGCGCUGUGCGCCCACCUCCUUCUAGUCAUUCGAAUCUAGUGUCCCGCGAGCCGCUGCGCCCUAAGGCGGCCGCUUGUGCCGCGUUAUGGACGCGCCGGCCCUGCUAAUGCCUAUUCCAUGCGUGCUUAAACUCCUUCAAGAGUUUAUUUUUCUUUUGCUUGUUUUCUAAAUGGGACACCACAGCACAACAGUGGUGCUAAUAAAAAAUAUAUAAGAAAUUAAAUAAUAUGAAUUUUAUUCUGCAUAAACAACCAUUAGAGGGGACUGCACUCAUCUCAUAGGUAAUAUCCUUAAAGGGACACUAGGCAUCUAGACCACUUCAGCUCAUCGAAGUGUUUGGGUGCAUAGUCCCUAUUUCACUUCAGUGCUGAAAUGUAAAACGUUGCAGUUUUAGAGAAACUGCAAUUUUUACAUUGCAGCAUUAAGACAACAUGUAUUGACUGUCUACCAGACAGCCACUAGAGGCCCUUCUGGAAUGAUACUGGACUUUUGGUCCGCUAACUGACGCUGUAUAUCCUCACACUCUGCAUGAAGACAUCCAGCGUUAGCUAUUUCCCUAUAGGAAAGCAUUGAUUCAAUGCUUUGCUAUGGAGAGGGCCUAAUGCGCGCACAGCACUUGCCCCUCUCCAGCGCUGAGGGACAUUGUUGCCGGUAUCAUGUAAAUAAAUGGGUUUUAACCAUUUAUUUACCACAGCAGGAAUGGGGGAGGCAGAGGGAGCUAUAGUGCUGGGAAUAGAGCUUUGUAUUCCUGGCACUAUAGUAUCCCUAAAAUUCUCAGUUAUACCAAACAUGGAUGUGAUGCUUUGGGGUGGGUUUAUACCCUGGUCACAAUGUUCAGACAAAAGAAAGGGGAACAGGCACUCAACUUUUCAAAUGGCGCUUACAGGGCAACCAUGACUUUUCUCAAACCUUUAUCAUGGUUCGUGACCGAUAUGUUGCCUUGUAAGCCUAGUGAUGUGCUUCAUUAGAUAUGUCCUAUUAUAAAAAUUGAGUGCCUGGACUUCUUCAAUAUUUUAUCUUAAGUAUUGGUCUUUGGGAUACUUUGCGCAUCAACCAUUGACAUGCUAUUUACAUUUUUUUUUUUUUCUUCUGUUAGACUUUAUAAACAAAGCUCUCAACUUAAUGCAAAUCACUGUAUUUAACUCUACACAUUAAUUAUGUACAAUUCUUGCCUUCGUUGCAAGCAGAUGUUGAACAAACUUAUUUACCGAGGAACUAUACCGUAUAGUAUAUCUGAAAAUAUACAUUUGGCUGUUAAGCACAUUAUCACUCUCUGCGUUUCAAUAAUAAUAAUUGUGGGCCAUUUACCAAAGAUGUGCAAGUGUACAAUAGUAGCUACCAAGCAAUAAAUAUCAAUUUAAAAAAUAAUUGAACGACUGUAUUUUUCAGUAAAGUAAACAUAUAGUCAAACAUCUGUUUAUUCUUGAAUCUUAAUUUUAACACUAUUGGUAGCUGUCAUUAUGUUUAUUUCUUUGAAACACAGACCCCACCCGAGACCUGUGUUUUGGGGACCGAUUCAGCCGUUUUCUUCUAGAUGAAUUUUUGGGAUAUGAUGAUAUUCUCAUGUCAAGUGUUAAGGCCUUGGCUGAAAAUGAGGAGAAUAAAGGUAUGUGAUUGCUGUAUGGUAUAUGAAAUAUUUUGUAUUCACCAUCCUGGCACUUUGCAUAAUUGUCUCCUCUCUUCUCAGGAUUCCUAAGGAAUGUGGUUUCAGGAGAACACUAUCGGUUUGUCAGCAUGUGGAUGGCGCGCACCUCAUACCUAGCUGCCUUCGUCAUCAUGGUUAUAUUUGUAGGUUCAAAAGAGAAGCAUGCCAGACUAUCACUACACAAAGCAAAACCUCUAUCAUGAAGCCGGCCUUGUUUGAAAGAUACAUUUAGAACUUAAAACAUUGUGCAGUAUUAAAUUAGCUCCCCUUUGCUUAUGUAAUUUUUCAUGGUUACUUUAUUUGUUUGCAAAAAAAUUCACUGCAUCUCAUAUGUGAAACAAACAAGUUACUUAAAGAAAGUAUUUUUAGUAACCGUCACAUCUGUGGCUGCAUUACUGUAACCAUAAAUAGAACCCUCUCUGUGAGCUGCAGUCCACUUGAACAGUAGUGUCACUCACAUUUUCUAAUAAUUGAAGUAGUGAACUACAUAUCACUUUAUUUUAGGAGAUCAGCUCAACACUGAAUAAUUAGGUGGGGGGGGGACUAUUUAAUAUUAGUUUAUUUAAAAUUAGUUUAUAUUUAAUAUGAAUUAAAAUUUCUUUCUUAUUUGACUUGUUUUUGUAUGUUCUGCUUCUUGUAGACACUCUCAGUCUCCAUGCUGUUAAGAUAUUCUCACCACCAGAUCUUUGUCUUUAUUGGUAAGUGUCAAUCUUCCUCUAUUCUGUAAAAAUGAUACUUCACUAAAACGUUUUCAUCUCGGAAAAUCCGUGUUUUCCUUGAAUUAAAUGUUUCUUAAUCCAGCUUGUUCUUUCUUCCUCACUUUUUUUUUUUGUUCUUUCUUCCUCACUCAUUUGUCUGCAGUGGAUUUACUGCAGAUGUUAGAAAUGAAUAUGAGUAUUGCAUUUCCAGCUGCUCCACUACUCACUGUGAUCUUGGCCCUUGUAGGUAAGUUGUGUAUUAAUACUCUAUAGAGCUGUCAUGUUCCAUAUCUCUGCAAUGCGUGUAUCUGCGUUAUUAUGAUAACCUAUCUUCUCAGGGAUGGAAGCAAUCAUGUCCGAAUUCUUCAAUGACACCACCACUGCUUUCUACAUUAUCUUAAUUGUGUGGCUUGCUGAUCAGUAUGAUGCGAUAUGCUGCCACACCAACACCAGCAAGAGACACUGGCUCAGGUCAGAAAGUUGCACAAGUUUGUCUGUAGACUUUUUUUCCCCCUUGUGCCUUUGUUUUCUGCUUUAUAUACUAUUCAGUCUGCUGCCUCCUCUGUUUCCAAUAAUAUUCAAAAUAAUCAGAUAUUCCUCCUCCCCUGCUGCAUUAAUGGAAUAUAUUCAGAUAUGUCUUUGACAUGUAUUUUCUUAUUAAUUUACCUUUUCAGGAGAAAUUAAACAUAAAAGUGCAUAAUUUAUAGAAGUUUGCAUAUAUAUUUAUAAGUUAAGGAACUUUAUUUCUACUUGUAUUGCUCUAAAAGUUUUAAUUGUAAUUAAACAAAUGAGACUUCUUUUGUUAGUAAAAUCUUAUCUGUCACUCCCCAGAAUAUGAAUUCUAUCUGCCUCUGUUCGUAUCCAAAAUUCAUCUUUCACAUUUGUUUCUCAGUAGAUUUUCUUGUCACACUUCUUACCUGCUAUCUCUAAAGUAUGUCUUUUGCCACACGAAACUACAUGGCAAGCAAGUUUGAGAUCUCUCAUUGAAAUGAGAUAAUACUGUGCUAUUUCAAAUGAAUAGUUUACAUUUAUGCACCAAUGACCCCUCAGACAUGUCAGUGACCUCCCCCCAUGUUCAAUUAUUUUUCUUUAACCUAUUUGAUAUGUCCUAACUGCCCUGUGAACUUCUCUAUUUACACUCACUUCCUCCUCCCUUCUUCGUCUACCACUUUCAGCCUUUUCAUAUGUUUACCUUUUCCCCACAGGUUUUUCUAUUUGUAUCAUUUUGCAUUUUAUGCAUACCAUUAUCGUUUUAACGGGCAGUACAGCAGUCUGGCACUUGUUACAUCUUGGCUCUUCAUUCAGGUAACAUCACCUUCCUACCAAACUCUCUCUGCACUAUUUAUUCUUUAUUUUAUUUAUUUUUAUUAGGUUUUUAAAUUAUAGGUACUCUUUAAAUGCCAUCACAAUAAAUGCUUUUUUUCACACCAACUCUGCUUCAACUACAUCUUUCACACUUUGUCAGGGGUGCCUGAAAGAUACCCAGCUGGUUUAAAACUAUAGCUUCCAUGAUGCUUUGUCAUUUUAAAUGCAUUGUUAAGGCAUGCAAAACUACAAUGUAGUUGUAGUUCUUUAAGAUCUGGGGAUCUACCUUCUGAGCACCCUUGCUUGAUGUAGAUGUGCUUGCCCCUGUACACCUGCAAAUGACAGAAGAGAGUAUGUGGCAGCCUCUGUCACAAUUGGUUUAAUUCAUGAAAAGCAUAAAUACUGUUACUCACCAUGUUAAUUAAAGCACCAUAUAUGUAACAACACCCAACUGUUAAUUGGAGGAAAAAGGAGGACCAGAAUUUGAUGAGAAAUAUCAUCUGUUAGUUUUAUUGGGUACUAUUGAAUUGGCAGAUCAUGAGGAUUCUUUUUUUUUGUUUCUUUCAUCAUAAUGCAGGAAAAAAGAUGAAACCUACUCCAGUGUUGUUUUUAAAAUAUAUAUUAUACCUCUGUGACCAUAUAGUUGUCUCAGAAAAUGCUAGUUAAUUACUGUUCACUUACAGUCCACUAGUGGCCAUAAAAUGUUCCCAUGUUAUGUUGUCCCUUUUUUUUUUAAUUUUUUUUUUUUAUGCUACAUAAGUUUUAUGGUGUUUAGUCAUAAGAACAGAUCAGUAUAGUGGGGGGGAAAGACAAUUGUUGGGGCAGUGAAAGCAAUAUGCAUAACAUGCCUAUCCUUACUCUCAAUAGCACUCUAUGAUCUAUUUCUUCCAUCACUAUGAGCUGCCCGCUAUCCUGCAACAAAUCAGAAUCCAAGAAAUGCUUCUUCAGAAUCAGCAGGUGGGCCAGAACCAGACAAGCCUUCAGGAUAAUCUGAACAACAACACAGCCUCUGAGCCAGCAGGAGCAACUUCCCCACCUACACCGGCAGUUCCCCUUCAGCCUCCCACAGCCAAUGUCCAUCACACAACCUUAGAUGACAGCUCUGGUUCCUCUGUUGGGGUCUUGAGUGAUCCCAUUGUGAAUGUUCUCACACCUGCAGCACAACCUAUGGAAGCUGCGAUCCAUGAUGCAUUGCCUUCUAGAUUUGAGGAGCCAAAUCAAGAGGCUCCUGGUAGUGAUCCUACAAUUUCUGAUAUAGCUGCAUUGACGCAAACAGGAGAUCCUCCCCCUAUUUUGCAAAAUAAUGUCCACAAAAAUAAGACUGAAACACCUGAGGUGGGGGCAACUUCUCAUACAGACUGCAGCCCUUUGAUAUUCCCAGCAACUGUCCUUGAGUCAGAGCAGGACCGUAUCACAACAGCAGAUUCUACAAUGCAAAGUGCACAAGAUACAGUGCAUCCUAUGGGAGACUCUUGAGUUUAACUUUGCAUUUAAAAUAUUCUGGCGUUGCUCCUGACUGCCGGAAAGAGUGUACUGCCCAUAGUGAGGAGUCAUUCUAAGCAUUAAUGGACCAGGGGCCAACAGCACAUGGACACCAGUGCAUGUGUGUGUUGGGUUACAUGCAAACACUGACUGCAGUUGCUUUAGUUCAUUCAUUUGAUUAUCUCACAGGAAGUCUCCUAGGAACUAAAUAUGUGAAAUCUUUCAAAGAAGAGUGUUAUCUUGGUACAGAAACCUUGGAGUGCAUUUAAAUAAAAUGUAUAUGUUAUACAUGGACACUUGCGCAGUACCACAAAUUCUGAGCCCAUCCCUGUAAUUAGUGCUUCAGGCUGUAAACAGCAUAAAUGUUCCUUUACAAAUAUUUACAGUCCAUAAAAUUUGGCAACCACACAAACGCUUUAUUUUUUGUGUUUGGAUAGGCCAUUCCUUUUCAGAGCCAUGCUGAACUUUCAAUAUUGUUGGGUAUUUUUUUUUUUUUUACUUUUCAUUUUAUUAUUAUUAUUAUUAUUAUUAUUAUAUAGCAGCCUAAGCAACAAGGUUAACUAGGCUGCCCUAACACAGAUUUAGCCAUACGUAUUGCACAGUGAAUACUGUUAAAUUGACAUCAUAGUAAAAUGUUUUAUACCCAAGAUCCUAAAUUUCAGUUGUUGAGGUGCAUUGGAGUCUGUGUGGUUUGUUGAGGUGCAUUGGAGUCUGUGUGGUUUGGUAGAUUGAGGGAGAAGUUACCAGCACAGUGUCUGGAGAUUGUGGCAGAAGAUAUGUAUAGUAUGUAUAUGUGCCUUUCUAUCUGUGGCCACUAAAUAAUGCUGUGUAGUAAGCAUAUGGAAACUCUUUACUUCCCUUCCAUUAUUAGUAUUGCACUUUCUGUUCAACAAGCAGCUGGCUACACAGCCUUUGUGCAUGUAAAUGUAUACCUUUUGUGUGUGUUUGAACUUUAUAUAUGUAUGUAUGUGUAUAUACGUACAUACAUAUAUGCAAAUAUUACACAAAUGCAUCUAUGUAUCUGAUAUGUGUAUAUUAGCCAAGUGUUUAUUAACACUUUUAUUGGAUACAUAAAUGCAUGUGCAUAUUAAAUGUGUCUACCCUGUAUAUUGACCGAUGAUUCGCUCUGAUAUAUAUAUAUUUCUUACAACAAUUUAUGUAAGAUGCUGCUUAUUCAUGCGGGAUUACUUCCCUUACCCCCUAUUCCUGCGUUUGUAAUUAAACCCUUCAGAGCAAGAAUAUAUAUAUAUAUAUAUAUAUAUAUAUAUAUAGAGCAUUAUUUAUGUUACAGAGUCUGCAUUGAAAGGAUUAAGCUGCAAAUCAUUAGUUAUUUAGGGCCUUUUGAUCCUGAACGCUUGUUUAUGUUUUUAAUGUAAGGGGUUGUUAGUGUUUAGCUUCCCAACGGCUGACAAAUCGAUGUGGGUUUUCAUCCGUCAACAGCCAAAAAGCUGAGCAUUGUUCUAGAGAAUGGCUUAAUAUCUUUUAGUUAAACUCAAUGAGUAUCUGGGAUGUGGUGAAUGAUUGUCCCAUCAUCCAUUCUUCUAUUUAAUUGUAACAAACUACAUGACAUUCAUAAAUUGUUUUGUAUAUAUGACAAUAAAUAUUUUAUCCGGCAUUUAAGUGUGUUGCGAGCUGUAUCAGAAGAUUAUACAAUACUUGUUCAUAUUUUUAAGCUAUUCACUACUCCUAAAUACGUGUUUACUCUUUACCUUAUAUGUCACUAUGUAAUAGACAAAUAUAUGGCUUUAUUUGUUUUUUCGUUUUCCCCCAAGGUGAGAACAUGCAUGC